UUCGUUACCGAUAAAGAGGUUAACUUUCAUCCAUCCUUAGGAAAUAGUGAGCUAAGUGGGAAAAACGAAUGACACUGAUAAGUUCAUCUAUAGCAGAGAACAGCUUCAACUCUUAUAAAUUAACUAAAAGUGAAGGGAAUUCUGUUUAUAUAUCCAGCCGCGUAUGCACAUAUUCGUAUUGUGUUUUCCAACUCCAAUGUCCAGCUCCUACAGCUGGUCGUUCUCGUUCUCGCGAACGCAAACCCAAAACGCACAGAGUAGAUCGAGUAGAUAAGAACUGUUGUUUGUAAGAAUGUUGUAUGAAAUGGAGCAUACAUUGUACUCAGUUCCACUAAUUCAGCAAGACCUACGGCAAGAGGAAACUGUUCUUCAGAUUGCAGAUGCGCUAGAUUAUCUAGACCAAGUAGUCAAAGAUAUAUUUGCUCGAGUUGAAUCUCGAAUAGUGGAGAGUAAAGCCAGGCUGGAGAUGUUACAUAAAAGAGCAUCUUUGGCCAAAAUGAAACUUGAGAAGCUAACUGGGAGCAGUAAAGCAACAAAAGUAUUCUCAAGUGCAAAGUAUCCGGCUUCAGAUGUUCUUAGUGACUACCAUUCCAUUUUCAGUUCAGAUGUUCCUUUACACUUUGGUAGGUGUCUGCCAAAAAUCAGAAGCAAACACAUGCCAUUGGAAGGCAAGGUUCUUCAGGAAAAGCUUCAGUUUUAUCAUGUAAAAGUAAGCAACAAACUUUGGCAUAGAAAUACUGAGAUAACACCAGAUGAAGGACUUGGAAGUUUGCCAAGGGAUUUGGAUUCCAUCAGUUCUCUUCUCCUGUUCAACACUUCAGAAAACCCAUACAAACAGUAUGUUAUGCUGGAUCCUUUGGGAGUGGUGACAAAGACUCGCCGAGCUUUAGAAGAUGAAGAGGUGCAGCGAAUGGAAGCAGCACCUAUCUCUAUCUCACAAAGAGAAAUGUUGGACCAUCCAGCAGGGGAGAACUACUUCUAUUCUCCUGGUCUGGGUGAAGUGCCACAAAUUGAUGUUCCCUUGGACCUACCUGAUCUUCCAGGAGUAGCAGAUGAUCUCAGAUACAGCAUAGAUUUGGGGCCUGUGAUUGCUCCAUCUGUAUCAACUACACCAGCCAUUCCAGAGUUACCAAAUUUAGUGCCUGAGAGCCCAAUUUCUCCUCCUGAAAAUGCAGCUCCAUCCCCACCUGUUCCUGUUCCCCCAGCAUUCCUCCCACCACCACCACCACCACCACCACCACCUCCCCCUCCACCUCCACCACCGCCUGUUAUAGCUCAUACUCCAACUGCACCACCUGUUCAGGCGAGUCAAGAGGCAAUUAUUUCUUCUGCACCUUCAAAAGUUUCAGUUGUUAAGUCUGGUGGAGUACACACAGAAGGCAAUGGUGAUGCUCGUGCAAACCUCAUGGAAGCCAUUCGACAGGCAGGGGGUUCUGGAAAAGCCAAACUAAGGUCUGCUAAGGAUUUAAAAAUUGAAGCAAAAAAGAAGAAACAGGAAGAAAAGGCAGUUGGAGGUGGAGGUGACCUAAUGGCUGACCUUCACGCCAAACUUUCAAUGCGACGAAAGGGUAUAUCAGGUGCAAAGAAACCACAGACAUCAGUGAGUGGAGCUAUGGAAAGAGUUUCGGCCAUGAUACCACCACCAGCACUCACAGAGCCUGGUUCAUCACACACCGAGGACGAUGAAGAGUGGGACUAAGUGUUGAUACAAUAACACUGUGGAAGCCACUUUGUGGAGCACCUGUAAACUGAUGCCGUUGACCAGGCGGCAUUAGACACCUGAGACCCAGUAUGCACACGCUUCACUGCUUGUCCUGUGAGCGAGUCCCAGAUAUGGAUGGACCAAUCAGCUGCACCACCACCACCACCACCACCACCACCACCAGUUGCCAAGAGCCCAUGAUGGUGUGGGGACCAUGCAAUAGCUGCAGAAUAAAAUGUAUUAACAAACAAGGUGUAUACCAAAACUGCAACCAAUUAUGGGCCAUAUCUCUCAAAUCUGGAAUUCCACAAUUCAGAACCACCUCUGGUCUCGCAGAAGCUUAGUUUGCCAGACAGCCACUUCUGCUAACAAACCAAUGCUAGAUGUCCACAAUUCACAGCUGUUUGUUUACAUAAUCAGUCAAGACACAGUGCAUACAUUGUGGAUGUCAGGGUUUUGCUUUGGAUUUCAUUUGCUGCUUACCCCUAACUUGCCCUAUAUCAUCUCUUUAUAUUCCCUUUUACCAAUAUCGUAAAAUUGUGUGACAACA